AUGUCUAGAGACGCUAUGCCAAACCCGGCGCACGUUGACGCCGAUACCUUGCUGUCGAGAAAAUUUGGCAAAGAGACAGUCAAUUAUUUUGCCAGUUCUCCUUUGAAUCGGGUAUCGUUCCUUCGGUCCGACAACCUGUUCAUAUCAAAUGCCCUCAAGCACCCCUCAGCGAAGUUUUUAUUGUUCAAUCAGCUUGCACCGCUGUCUCGAAACCCCAAGGAGCUAUAUUAUGCGUCAUACCAAGAAGUUGAGUCAAUUAUACCUCUAGACCUCUUCGAUAAGCCGGAAAAGGAGAUCAUUGAAAACUAUAACUCAGGCAAAAUGGUUCCCCUGGUUAUUUUUCUAGGAUUACAUGAAUCCCAGCCAGAGGAUGGUGGAUUCAUGUAUAGAUCGUACAAGGGAACUCCGUAUUUUGCCCUUGAUGUUACCCCUCAUGGACCGCUGGGGGAAGUAGCUAAGAAGAUAAUUGAGACUAUGGAGUCGAAGUCUCUCACAUUCAACAAGGCUAGAGCAAUUACUUCAUUGCCCUCGGAUGAUGCCGCUAUAUAUGCUCAAGCCAGGCAUACAAUAGACUGGAAUGCUCGCAACGCUUUCUGCGGAGCAUGCGGACAACGGACCAUUUCAACAAAUGCAGGCUCAAAACGAGCCUGCCCUCCAACUGACCUUGGAUUAUCUACGGAUCAGUCUCGCCCUCCCUGUCAUACUCGCAACACAAUUUCAAACCUAUCCUUUCCCCGAACAGACCCAACAGUCAUUGCAGCAGUUGUAUCCCAUGACGGAAAGAAGGUGCUGCUUGGGCGCCAAAAAAGAUACCCACCACACUGGUAUUCAACUUUGGCUGGUUUUAUUGAACCAGGAGAAUCCGUCGAAGAUGCUGUCCGCCGCGAAGUUUGGGAGGAGUCUGGUGUUAUUGUCUCCCGCGUUAUCAUUCACAGUACUCAACCAUGGCCAUACCCAGCCAACCUUAUGAUCGGUGCUAUUGGCCAGACUGCAAAACCUGAAGACGAGACUGUAUGUCUCAGCCACGAUCCGGAGCUGGAAGAGGCAAAAUGGUUUGAUAUUGCUGAUGUCCAGGAGGCUCUGAAAACCGGGGUAUCCUCUCUGGGUGCGCCACCGCCACCUGGGUAUAAGGAAGGUGGCCUGCGGUUAGCACCGAGCACAGCUAUUGCGUACUUUCUCAUUGAGGCUGCUGCGAACACCGAGCUUCUGGGAAAUCAAUAUGUGCCUAGAAUCUAG